GGGCGCAACCACCUGCACGCCCACUCCGCGAGCCCUCCCACCGCCAGGUGGGCCCGCUCCCCGCUGCUCUUAGCUAGUCCACUUGGCCCGCCGGCCGGGGCACUCAUCAGUUACUCUCGCAACCCGACGACCGCCGCCGCCCCCUCCCCUCCCAUCGCGCUCGCUCCCCGGGUGGGAGGAUUCCCGACCGGCGGCGACCGCGCCGCCGCCCAUGGGCCCCGUCCGGCUCGCCCUCCUCCUCCUCCUCCUCGCCGCCGCCGCCGUCGUGCUCGGCCCCGGCGGCGGCGGCGAGGCGGUGUACAUCCCGUACAACACGUCGGCGGGGGUGGUCAACGGGAAGCUGAACGUGCACGUGGUCCCCCACACCCACGACGACGUCGGCUGGCUCAAGACCGUCGACCAGUACUACGUCGGAUCCAACAACUCCAUCCAGAAUGCCUGCGUUCAGAACGUGCUGGAUUCGCUCGUGCCGGCGCUGCUCAAGGACGAGAACCGCAAGUUCAUCUACGUCGAGCAGGCGUUUUUCCAGAGAUGGUGGAGGCAGCAGAGCGACAUGAUCAAGGAUACAGUGAAGGGGCUCGUCAGCUCCGGCCGGUUGGAGUUCAUAAAUGGGGGUAUGUGCAUGCACGACGAGGCGACUGUGCACUACAUUGACAUGAUCGAUCAGACUACGCUGGGGCACAGGUUCAUCAAGGAGGAGUUUGGUCAGAUUCCGAGGAUUGGUUGGCAGAUCGAUCCAUUUGGGCACUCUGCAGUUCAGGCUUACCUCCUCGGUGCAGAAGUAGGAUUUGAUGCCUUAUAUUUUUUCCGGAUUGAUUACCAAGAUCGUGACACGAGGAAUGGGACAAAAGAACUCGAGGUUGUAUGGAGGGGCUCCAAGACCUUCGGCUCAUCAGCUGAUAUUUUUGCUGGCAUCUUCCCAAAAAAUUAUGAACCACCACCUGGUGAGUUUUAUUUUGAAGUCGAUGAUACUUCCCCUGUUGUCCAGGAUGAUCCCCUUCUUUUUGAUUACAAUGUUGAACAACGGGUGAAUGAUUUUGUUGCUGCAGCGCUGGCACAGGCAAAUGUUACAAGGACAAACCAUAUCAUGUUUACAAUGGGAACAGACUUCAAAUAUCAAUACGCAGAAAGUUGGUUCAGACAGAUGGACAAAUUAAUUCAUUAUGUGAACAAGGAUGGCCGUGUGAAUGCUCUGUACUCCACUCCUUCCAUUUACACUGAUGCAAAAUUUUCUACAAAUGAGCCAUGGCCUCUUAAGACAAAUGAUUUCUUUCCAUAUGCAGAUAACCCCAAUGCAUACUGGACAGGUUACUUCACAAGCAGACCUGCCUUAAAACGAUAUGUCCGCAUGAUGAGUGGAUAUUACUUGGCAGCUAGGCAGCUGGAGUUCUUCAUUGGGAGAAGCAAGUCAGGUUCCACAACAGAUAGCUUAGGAGAUGCUCUAGCUCUUGCUCAGCAUCAUGAUGCUGUUACAGGAACAGAGAAGCAACACGUUGCAAAUGAUUAUGCGAAGAGAUUAUCAAUUGGCUAUAAGAAAGCGGAGGAACUGGUUUCGACUUCUCUCGGUUGCUUGAGUGAGUCAGGCUCAAAUUCUCGUUGUUCGUCCCCAACGACAAAGUUUGGGCAGUGUCCUCUCCUGAACAUUACUUAUUGCCCCCCUUCCGAGAUGAACUUAUCUCAAGGAAAAAGCUUGGUUGUUCUUGUGUACAACUCUCUUGGAUGGAAACGAGAGGAUGUCCUCCGCAUACCAGUCAUGAGUGACUCGAUUGUUGUCCAUGAUUCUGAAGGAAGAGAAAUUGAAUCGCAACUUCUGCCUAUAGCUAAUGCCUCAUCGCACCUACGGGACAGACAUGUCAAGGCUUACUUGGGCACAUCGCCUGCUGCAAGUCCUAAGUUUUGGGUUGCUUUUCCUGCUUCGGUAGCACCACUUGGUUUUAGCACUUAUUUUAUCUCGAUCGGAAAGAGAUCAGCAUCUAUCUCUUCGACAUCCACUCUAAAUUCUCAGGGAAGUGAAAGUAGGAAUCUGCAAGUUGGGCAAGGGCGUUUGAAACUUCAAUAUGAUGCAGCUGGAGCAUUAUCCCAGUACUCCGAUAGCAAGACACAGGUCGAAGCAAAUUUUGAGCAGAAGUACAAGUAUUACCUAGGACAAGAUGGAAGCGGAGAUGAUCCUCAGGCUUCUGGAGCAUACAUAUUUCGCCCUAAGGGCGUUGUUCCUAUCAAAACUGAUGGUCAGGUUCCUCCCACGAUUCUGCGUGGGCCCAUAUUGGAUGAAGUGCAUCAGCAGAUUAAUCCAUGGAUAUAUCAGAUAACUAGAGUUUACAAGGGAAAGGACUAUGUGGAAACCGAGUUCAUAGUUGGACCAAUACCAGUCGACGAUGAAAAUGGAAAAGAACUUUCAACUGAAAUCAUUACUAGCAUGGCAACAAACAAAACAUUUUACACUGAUUCCAGUGGGCGUGAUUUCAUCAAAAGGGUACGGGAUUAUCGCUCGGAGUGGAAGAUUGAAGUAAACCAACCUGUUGCUGGAAACUAUUAUCCUAUUAAUCUUGGCAUUUAUGUGGAAGAUGGCAGCAAAGAGUUGUCUAUACUUGUAGACAGGUCUGUUGGAGGUUCGAGCAUAAAGGAUGGACAAAUAGAGCUAAUGCUACACAGGAGGCUACUCAAUGAUGAUGGUCGUGGUGUUGCGGAAGCACUAGAUGAAAAAGUCUGUUUGGAUGAUCAAUGUGAAGGACUAGUUAUUGAAGGAAAAUACUAUCUCAAAAUUGACCCACAAGGUGACGGAGCUAGGUGGCGUCGUACAUUUGGUCAGGAGCUGUACUCCCCUCUUCUUCUUGCGUUCGCAGAAAAGGAUGGAGGCAACUGGGGGAAUUCACAUGUUUCAUCAUUCUCUGCAAUGGAUCCAACUUACAGCCUUCCUGAAAAUGUCGCGUUGCUUACUCUUGAGGAACUCGAAGAUGGAAGUGUUCUCCUUCGGUUGGCUCACCUAUACGAGGCUGGAGAGCAUAAGGAUCUCUCGGCCCCGGCGAGUGUCGACCUCAAGAGGGUAUUCCCAGAUAAAAAGAUCGGCAAGAUAAUCGAAACAAGCCUAUCGGCGAACCAAGAGCGCGCUGCCAUGGAGAAGAAGAGGCUGAAGUGGAAGGUGGCAGGGCCUCCCCCAAAAGAAAAUGUGGUCCGUGGAGGGCCCUUGGACCCCUCCAAGCUCGUCGUCGAGUUGGCACCCAUGGAGAUCCGCACAUUCGUCAUCAACUUCGACCACCGACUCGCCGCACAUCCGAUGUAAGCGCCAUGGCGAUGAUCGCCGACGUUGUUGUUAGGAAUAAGCAACUUGUAUUCCCAUGAGGCCAUAGGCCGAUAUAUAUACAUGUAUAGGUGUGGAACAUAUGCAGGAAACCCCUUAUAUAACGGGAUAAAUACAAAGGGGUACAUGACUUAUAUUAUAACUCUAACACCCCCCUCAAACUCAUGGUGGAUGAACAA